AUGAAGUCUCCAUCCCGAAAAGGGAGGCCUCGUCUUGGCGCCCUCUGCCUUCUGGGCCUUCUACUCGGAGCCGCUCUGCCGGCCUCCGUUCCGCCUCUCUGGUGGCGGAAGGGUCGACCUCGGAAGAGUUUGGGGAGCAGAGCUGAGGCGGAGCUCCUCUGCCAGCUGGCCGUUCUGCUGAUGCCGGAUGUGCCCAUUGCCGAGGCUUUUCGCGAUUUUCCGGUGGAGAAGUCGGAAGAGUGGGGUUCCAGCAGACUGUCCCCGGAUUUGACAGCUUACGGUGUGCUCAAAGCAACCGAUGCUGCCCUGUUUAUCGAGUAUGACGGCCAUUAUCGGCACUUGGAGCCACCGGGCCUAGCCAGGGACAUGCGUAAGACCAGUGCCCUAUUACAGCUCGUGCCUGCAGGAUCGCUGGUAGUGCGUAUCGCACACAAGGAGCGGCAGUGGAAGGAUAAGUCAAUGCAGGUAUUGGUGGAUUGCUGGUUUACUGAUCAUGAGCCUUCUCUCCUCAAGGCUGUACAUCAGGUCGUGGCUUCUCUGUUGGAGCAGUCCCGUGGCAGGCUGCAUCCCACACUAGCUUCACGCCUGGAAUCCUUUGCUGCAGAAGGAGGAAUGGACACGGAUGGAGGCAUUUGUGCAAAGGAGGCAGACCUGGCUGGCAUGUCAGACAGGAGACGAGCGAAUUUGGAAGACUUUCUUUGUGAUGGCGCACACCUGACUGCCUCGCAGGUUGCCAAGGUGAUCGCGACAUCUCCUGCAGUGCUUGGUUACAGCAUUCAGGCAAAUCUGAAGCCAACAGUGGAAUGGAUCAAGGGGCUGGGCCUGAGCCGGUCGCAAGUUGCCAAGGUGAUCGCGGCAUUUCCCCCAGUGCUUGGCUUGAGCAUCGAGGCAAACCUGACGCCAACAGUCGAAUGGAUCAAAGGAUUGGGUCUGAGCCAGUCGCAGGUUGCCAAGGUGAUCGCGACAUCUCCUGCAGUGCUUGGUUACAGCAUUCAGGCAAAUCUGAAGCCAACAGUGGAAUGGAUCAAGGGGCUGGGCCUGAGCCGGUCGCAAGUUGCCAAGGUGAUCGCGGCAUUUCCCCCAGUGCUUGGCUUGAGCAUUGAGGCUAAUCUGCAGCCAACGGUCGAAUGGAUCAAGGGGCUGGGCCUGAGCCAGUCUCAGGUUGCGAAGGUGAUCGCGACACGUCCUGCAGUGCUUGGUUACAGCAUUGAGGCCAACCUGAAGCCAACAGUCGAAUGGAUCAAAGGGUUGGGCCUGAGCCAGUCGCAGGUUGCCAAGGUGAUCGCGAAACAUCCACCAGUGCUUGGCUACAGCAUUGAGGCAAAUCUGAAGCCAACAGUGGAAUGGAUCAAGGGGCUGGGCCUGAGCCAGUCGCAGGUUGCCAAGGCGAUCUCGAGGUUUCCCCAAGUGCUUUCCUUGAGCAUUGAGGCCAAUUUGAAGCCAACAAUGGAGUGGAUGAAAGGGUUAGGGAUGAGCCGAUGUCAAAUUGGCAAGCUGAUCGCAGCAUUUCCUUCGGUGUUCGGCCUUCGUAUCGACACAAAUCUGUCAGCGAAACACCGCCUUCUACAGGAUUUUUUCCCCGGAGCGCAGGCAGCACAGUUGCUGGCCCACUCACCUCGCCUGUGGAGCUAUACGUAUGCUCGACUUGAGCAUCGUCUGUCAGUGCUGAAAUCUCACAACGAGCUCUCCAAACUUGCGGGCGCCAUGACACUUCCAGUGGAUGCAUUCAGUCGCAGGUAUCCUGGGACAUGCAGGACGUGCACGCCGACAGACGGGACGCCACGAUACCACAAGCGACCUGUGGGCAGCCCCGAGGUAUGCCAACUCAGCCUUGUCCGAGAAAACGACGGAGUCCUGCUCGACAUUCGUUCCCAUCGCUAUGCACGGGCCAGCCCCAACCAGCUCACGAUCAAGGGCGCCUCGCCCUUGCACCUGGCGGCGCAGCUGGGCAAGCCGGAGCUGGUGAGUCUCCUGCUUGAGCUGGAGGCGGAUCCGAACCUCGCAUCGUCCCAGGGCCAGACCGCGCUGUCCCUGGCGUCGCACAAGAAGGUCAUAAGCAUGCUCCAGGAGGCGGGGGCCAAGAUCGAGGUCGCCCAGCCCCAAGCCGAGCCGAGCCCGGGUUCGGCGGCGUCGCCGAAGAAGCCGGCGGCGAAAGGCAAAGCCAAGGCAAAACCCUUCGCCACGACCUUUGCCUCGGCGCAGGCCAGCCUCAGCAACCAAAUCGGCAUGUUCUCGGACUACGCCUCCCUGGAGUAA